AGUGGAAAUCGUGGCCGGUUUACGCGCGUGUUUGGGAGAGUUUCGCGGUCGAGCACCGCACUCUCGUAGUUUGCCAACUCGAUGCCCUUGCUGAAUAGGAAAGCGUUUUCACCUACAAAACCGCCACCAGAUCUCAAGCCUGAGGAAGAAGUCUUCGUUUGCCGCCAUACAAAUGAAGUUUUUCGCGAUUAUAGGUAAAUUUAACCCCUUGUUGCAGUAUUUCUAUAUCCGGUACAAUGUCAUUCAUUUUUGACCGUUCACGGUUUCACCUACUGUUGUAAAACACCGCCAUUUUUCGUUUCAGGUCGUUUUUUGAGCGUACAAUUCUGUGUAACAGCCUGUUAUGGAGCUGCAAAUAUACUGGCAAGAGUGGAUUAACUUACCAAGAAGCACAUGAUUCUGAAAAGUCGAUCAGAAAACAAGCCCAGAGUCUCCCUGAGCCAAUCCAACGAGCGGUACUGACACUGGUCCACCACACUCAGCGUGGCCGGCUAGCUAAUUUAUGCGAUGAAGUGUUUUCCUACAUGAAGGAUCACUACCAGGAAGGCGAAGAAGUUGAAAUCCAGCAUCUUUCACAGAAGUAAGUCAGGCUUUUCGUAGUGGACAAGGCCUUUUCGGAAAUGGGACCACUUUUGGGGGGAAUGGGGCAGAUUUUAGCUAUGGUGUUGGUUGAAGGUGAUCGUACCAAGACGUCGUGUAGUAUAGUGCAUCACAUGCCAUUCAGCGGGCGUCUUCUUUCAUAUUAUGCAAGUGUAAAGAAGCAAAAUCUCUCUUUCUCUCUUUACAUACUUUCUUUUUCUUACCUAAAUUAACUAAGGGGGUGCAAUUUGGCCAGGGGUGGGGUGUGGGGGACAUUUUGGCUGAACAAGUUGUUUUGAUGGGAUUUCAGACAGUUGUGGUUUGAAACAAAGAGGGCAGCCAUAUUGUUUCACUGGCUUAUUCCUAAGUUCUCUACUUAUUUUUAUUUUCAAUUUUAUUUUAAUCAUUUCUUAGCUAUUUUGAAGGAUAAUUUGCAUUUUUGAUUGACAGCUGUCAAUAAAAUAGUUCAGUGCUUUAAAUUUUUCUACUUUUGAACAUUCAAGGUAGAUUUCUAAACUGAGAAACAUAACAUAUUUCAUAUAUAACUUUAUUUUUGAGCUUCGAAAUAAGAAAAAUCGAUGAUUAACUGUAAUUUUGUAAUAUUUAAAGGUUUUUGACAGUUUAUGUUUGCAGUGCAGCUUACAAAGGAUUUCAUUUUAAAUAUAUACCAUUACACUUUGUGUAUUGGUUAUUUCCUAUAAAAUAUUAAUUAAUUGGAAGGUCUGGCAAAGUGAUCAGCUAUUAUUUGUUGUGAGUGGGAAAAAUUAUGUGAAUUUAAAAUAAUGAAAUGCACAUGAAUAAUAUUAGUCUUCAUUGUGACAUAAUUGGAAAAGAAAGGAAAUAAUUAUUUUGUUUAACUAUGAUCUUUUAGUGAUUUUUAGUUAAUUAAGAAGUGAUUUCCUAUAUCAUUUUACACCGAAAAAAAAAACUCCUUAAAACUUAUCAAGACUUUAUAAAGCUUUUAAUUAUUUUAAAAUUUUAACAGUUUUUAUAAUAAAUUGUAGGUGCAAAAUAUUAAGAAAAGUUGUCAAAGACAAAUUUAGACCCACGAUUUCUGAGAAAAUGCCGAAUCGUUUCCAUCCCUUAGCUAGCAAAACCCUUUUUCUAAUAAUAAUGACAGCAUAAAUUACAAUAAAGUGCCGAAUCAGACAUAACUUGUUUGGCCUUUUGCUAUAUAAAGCACCAUUAAAAGUAAUUUCUUUUUUUUUACUAAAACUUGUACAAAUUUAUUUUUAGCUUUACAGAGUAUUGCAUGAUUGUUGCAUAAAGAAAUGUCCAAUCACAGAGUACAUUAGAAAUGGAAAGAGAUUUUCCUGCAAACUUGCGGGAUACCAGAACAGGCUUUUGGGAGUCAUUGCGCAGACGGACUAUAUCGAGUUCUCUGUCUAGGUCUUGAGUGACAAGUUCAGCUGCAAUGCAGGCUAGAUUAUCUAGGCUUGUCUCGAUUUAGGAAGUUAAAACUUUGAGGCUAUAUUCAUUUUUUUAAAAUUUUUAUUUAUUAUUGUUUGUUUGUUUUGUUUUGUUUUGUUUUUUGCUGUGUUAGGCGACGUGGUGUCAUAACAAGAGUAAUCCCCCCUGGAGAAGUUAUCAGCUAUUCACCAAACAAAACUGACAAGUCAAGGAAAUUGUCAACUCCAAAGUCUAAGAAAAAUAGCCACUCUGAAGAGAAAAUUAAAUCACCAAAGGAAAGGACAAAUAGUUCGAGUAGUUCAGACAGUCAGCCAUUAUCUUUGCAGGCUAAAAAAUGCAAUUCAGACAGUGUGUUUUUGUCAUCUCCGACUGGAAAAAUUCCCAAGAAAGGUUCAGAAGAUACUCCUUCAAAAGCAAAAUCCCGAAAACACAGUGCUGAAAGUAGUAGUGAAAAGACUCCCAACAAAUCAAGGAAGCAUUCCUCUAGUGGAAAGGGUACUCCUUCUAAAGGUGUAAAAGACGAUAAGAGCACAAAGAAAGUUCCAUCUACACCCACUUCCAAGAAAAGUAGCAAUGAAAAGCUUGCAUCUCCAAAAAAUAAAUCUCCUACUCAGCUGGGGUCACCAAAGGCAAGCAAGUCGCCAAGCUGUAGUAAAAGGAUGGGUUCGGAAAGUGAAAUUAUAGUUAUUGAUGAUGAUGGUGAUGAUGAUAAAGGCAGCAGUUUGAAAGGACCAUCUCCAAAGUUGUCAUCCCCCAAAGAGAAACCAGUUUAUAAUUGGCCAGUGGCUGCACUGUAUCAGUAUGAAAUUAGACUUCAUUCUGACAGAGGAUCUAAAAAGAAGGAGAAGCGACCAGAGAUUGUUGUCGUCCAAGCUUCAGUUGUCGGGUAAUUAAGAAUCAACUUAAAAAAUAAUUAACUUCACUACUCCAAGCCAUUUUUAAUAAAGUUGGAGACUUCAUUAGACACCCUCUAGACCAGAAGUAGUGUGUCCUGAAUAGAGAUGUCCUUUCAGUAGAAGUAACUACUUCGUCGACACCCUCAGAGCCAAGAUACAUGUGAGUGUCCCUUGGAUAGAGGUGUCCCUCAGUAGAGGUAAUUUUUACAAAGAUUAUGGGAGAUAGCUCCUGAAUAGAGAUGUCUAGAAAGGGAGGUUUCACUUAUGUUUGUAAAGUGCAGCAGUUUGAUGCCUAAAAAAAUCUAGAAUUUGUGGUGUAGGUAAGCUUCUUGUUUGGCUGGGGUCUGUUCCGUUUGGGGAAGUUUGGUUCUUGACAUACAUGCAGAUGUGGCACAACUGUAUAACAAUCAAUUGAUUUUUCAGUCGCAGAAAAGGUAUCUUCACCAGGGAUAAGCUAAAAAUGUUCCUAAAGAUCAGCUGUGAAAGGAGCACUCCACAUUCAGAAGAAGGCGUUUACAUUGUUAUGGUACACAAUUAGUUUUCUUGUAGCUAAUACCAUUUAUUUGGGUAGCAUACUAACAGCCUAUUUCCAGGAAUUCUAGUAAUAGUACAUUAAUUUAAUGUUGCUCACUGGAGCAUAAUGUCUUUGUUAGAAUGGUACAAUGGAAUUCAGAGCUUGCACUAUAAAUAUUAUCUGUAAGUAGCUUUUAAUCGUUUUCUGUCUUUAAUACCCCCUUUGUUUAUUAUAGCGUGAGUAUCGAAAGAAAUUUGAUCUUGGUGAGCCAGAAAUUCCAUUGAAGUUGUCUCCCCCUCCAAAAGACAAGAAGCAAAGAAAAAGAAGUCAUGGAGACCAAACAGAGGCUGGACCAGUCAAGAAAAAGAGAAAGAGGAAGAAAGAUGAGGAAGCAAAAACUGAUGGAGACGGAUCUGCAAAGAAAAAGGCAAAGGUGAGAGUUUGAUGUAGAGAUAUAAGAAGGCCUCUGUGCAAGGAAGAGUAUUAGGAAAUUCCCAACAUCAAAAACAGAGACAUCAUUCUACCAUGUUGUCUAUCAUAUGUUGUUUUUCAUUUUACGUCAAGGUUUUGUGUUAUAUUUUUUAUAGUGUUUUGGAAAGUUUACUGUGCAUUAAUUGUGAUCAUUUUCUUUUGUGUUCCCUUCCUUUUUCUUUCUUUUUAAAUUUCACACGUUUUAACAAGUAGUAAAGACUGUAAAGGAUAAAGGGCCCUUAUGUUGCAUUGGUUAGCUUGAAAUAGUCAUCAUGCAACAAACAAUCCUGAGGCUGUCAGUGGACCUUUUUGACCCCCCUUUUUCCAUCAUUGCUUUAGUUUAGGGGUCCUCAAAGCUACUUGUAGCAACACAGAAGGGAAGGAAGAUUGCGGGUCAUGCCUGGGAACAGAACUCAGGACCUCUUGUGCAGAUGGCCUUACAGUAACUAACUGUACCAAUCCUUACUCCUUAUGUUACAUAACAGUACAAAAAGAGGUUCACUUUCAAAUGUUUAAAAUGUAGUUUUAAACUUAUUGCGUUGUUAACAACAGAAGGAAAAAGAUGGCAAAUCAAAUGAGGGCAAGAAUAGGAUGAAACUACCACCUGAGGAAUUUCGCAGACUCAUGGAGCAGGAAAAAGAAAAAAAGAGAAAAGAAAUUGAGGAGGAAAGAGAAAGAAAGAAACUGGAGAAAGAAAGGGAAAAGGCAGCCAAUAAAGCUAAGAGAGAAGAAGAAAGAGCCGUUAAGAAAAUUGAAAGAGACAGGGUAUGUUUUGACUUUUAACAGAGUGUGUUUUGACCUGUGAAUGGGCCAUUUCUGAGUUGCUCCACACCUCUUUUUCAAAGCAAGGCUAAGUGCGACGUUAUUGAUAUAAAACAACUAUUUUUAGAAAAAGGUUUUGCACUUAACCUCAUUUUGAAGUGAGAGUCUUUGGAACUCAGAAAUGGCCUCUUAGUUACAAGUUACAGCUGUAUACCUUCACAUGACAGGAAUGUUAUUGCACUGAAGCUUUCACUGUCACCAUUGGUUAUGGUGAGGGCGGAUUAUGUUUUUGCAGACUAUUAUAUUGCACUGUAUAUGGGAGCCAUUUUCUUCCUAAAUCCCGAUGGAAGGGAUUUGUCCCAGUGAAGUAAGGUCCCAUAGCUGUCAAUAACGUGUGUUUCAAUAAGAAAUUCUGCCUUUAAUUCACAAGCAUUUACAUGGCAAAUUGAAAGGAGAAUCUCACAUUUUAUCAAAGGUCACUAGGGGAUUGUUCUAGAAACCCCUUUAAUUUAUUGCAUAAUACAACCAGCUGUCAUGGCAACAUUGAAACAUUAUGUAAAAUCUUAGCACAUGUACCAGCAGUUGUACUGUGAGAAAUCUGCUGUAGAUGCACACGACAAGUCCUAGUAUGAUUUGGGUUAUGCUGUAUUUACUAGCUAUGCUAGUUCUUGGGAAAACAUUGUGAGGCAGGCAGAGGGAAGAUAAGAAGACUGUUUCAAUAAGGGGCUUAAAUACACCACAAAUCAGGCUGGGAGAUUAACACAGAAUUGUGUUCUUAACCAAACUACAUGUAUCAUGCAUGCUACCUUAUUUUGUGCUGAUGAGGAAAUGCAACCAUUCAUAUGCUGCUUUGUAAAGACAUUUUGUUGCCAUUGUAUUUUCAGGAACGUGAAAGACAGAAAGAAGAAAAGAGGCUAGAAGCAAUAAGGUUAAGAGAAUGGAAUAAACCAAGAGAAGAUCUUGAACUGGAUGAUUUGAAGGUAAAAUGUGCAAUUUUCUACUAAAAACUAUGCCUUUGUAUGAAAAUGGAAAGUUUGUUCCUCUGGUGAAAGUUUUUCAAACAAGUUGACAGAAUGUGGCAUGUGGUAAUUUUGUAAUAGUUGAAGCUGAUGCCCAAAAUGGCCUUGAAAUUGCAUUUCAGAGCUUUGGGAACAUGCUUCAGACCCUUCCUUGGUUUACAGCCCCACUGUUUGGCACAGCUGCCUACUUAAGAUUGGGCAGAUGCCUGUACUUCAAUUCCGAUUGACCCUGGAUAUACAAAUUGCAGUAUUCUUUGUAGAAAUAAAACACAUUAAAAAAUUAAUUCCCUUUAGUCAACUCAUUGUUGAAAGCCACAACUCUAUCACAUCACACUUACUUGUGGUCAACUGUGUUGUACAAAACAUUAAUUGUCGUAGCUAUGCCACUGAGUGUGUCUUAUGCAUUCAUUUGCAGGAGUUACCUAAGACUACUCCAGUUAGUAUAAAGCUACCAUCGGAUCUGUUUGGCGACAUGAUGAUGGUGUUGGAAUUUCUGAACAUUUUUGGAAAUCUUUUUGAUAUAAAAGAUGAAUUUCCUUCUGGCUUGACAUUUGGUAAUGUAUUCACGAUAGAUAUUCUCUGCAAUCAAAGUGAUCAUGACUUUGAUGUAGUGAUUAUGAUAUAAAGUACAUGUUUUUGUGUAAUGUUUGGCCAAAAUUGGACCAGAAGUGUUUGUGUGGAGGAUGAUAAUUAUUUUAUUCACCAAACCUGAUAAUGUUGUCAGAUAUAAAUACAUGUAAUAACUGUUAUUAUUAAUUUCAAAAUAUUUGGCUGUUUCUGAUUGGCUUCAAUUCCCCGGCUUUUUCUUUAUAACCAGCUUGUACUUACCAUAUUAAAUACAGUAGAAGAUGUACUUGGCAAUCACCCCGGGGGGGGAGGGGGGGUGGCACUUGGGUAGUUUUUGGGUGGGUAUGUGCCGCCCAGGACUCCAAAUUGGCACCCCGUUCUAAAAAAAAAUUCCCCUAAUAUUGAUACCCCGUUCUAGAAAUGGGCCAAUUUUUUAUACCCCGUUCUAGAAUUCGCCCUAAAACUGAUACCCCGUUCUAGAAAUGGGCCAAUUUUUUAUAUUCCGUUCUAGAAGGUUUGUAAAUUAAAUAGCCCUUAUUUUGUAAAAAGAUAUUUCUUUAUUUGUUCAACUUAUACAUCAAAUAAAUGCUUCUUCAUAAUCAGCAACAAUUUUAAGCAGAAGAUAAAGCCGUGAUCCACAAUUUUUUAUACCCCGUUCUAGAAAACGCCUCUGAAAUUCAUACCCCGUUCUAAAUCAGGAGCUUCAAAAUCACGACCCCGUUGGGCGGCACAUACCCGUAUAGGUAAUGUAUGGGGGUACCCCCGGGCUAUCACCAACUGAUUUGAUGGUUAUUGCGUCAGUAUUAAACAGCAACCUCAUAUCCAGUUAGCAGCUUUUUUUGCUGCGACAGCUCCAAUGUCAUUGUAACCCUGAUCAUAACCAAUUUUCAUAUUUAUCUAAAUACAGGUGUGGUGAUAAUUUUGUAAAACUUUGGUAAUGGCGACGUAGUUUAUGCUCAAACUUGGGAGAUAUCAAACUCUUUGUUUGUUGUAUUUUUUUCAUAGCUAUGUUGGAGGAGGCACUAACUGAGCAUGAUGCAGAAGGUGUUUAUUAUGACUUGUUACUCUUUCUUCUUGGAGCAAUACUGCGCACUCACCUAGAGGAAGAAGAAGAAGAGGGGCUUGAUGGAACACAUGACCAUGAGCCUGUUGUUGAGAUGGAGGAAGAGGGUGACCAAAAAUCACAAGCAACCGUGUCAGCCUCGGCAACCAUGGCAGCAGCCUGGCCCAUGCAGUACCAGGGUAAACCUCUUCAUGAGUUGAUCAUGGAUCCCUUCACAAGCUCUGAGCUUCUGAGACUGCAUCUGUUGUCCUCAGGAGCCAGAAUAGGUAUGCAAUAAAAUAAAAUACAUUCAAACCUCAUGUAAGCAACCAGUGAAAAUGAGAGAGAAGUGGUGGCUUACAGGAGCUGGUCACUUGUGAGAAUCUGGCUAAAGGGGAUCUUGAUACAUCAACUUUUUGGAUGAGAAGUAACUGCAUGCUAUUUCUAAGUUAUGAUACAAUGUAUGUGUAGUUCACAUUCACACUAAAGGUUCUCAUACUCUUUAAAAGUAGCAUAGUACACACAGUGGACAUGGAGAUCAAGCAGUUGCUUACAAGAGGUUAAACAAAUAUAUAAAAAUAAAUUAUAAAUCCUUCAGCUCAAAAAGGGGUCGCAGUCACUUAGAAAAGAGGUUUUAACAUCACAGUUUUGACUGGAAAAAUUUUUGUGUUUUAAAUUUCUGGUUGCUUACGAGAGGUUGUCGCACAUGGAGGUUUGACAACUGAGUCAUUAAAUUAAUGGUAAAAUGAGUUAGUUGAGAAACGAAGUGUAGCAUGACUUUGGUAAACAUUAAAACAAAAUGCAUGACUUAAUUAUACAAUGUACAUCAGCCAUUCUCAGACUUGAUCUCUCUGAUGAAGGCCUGGCUAACACCAUUAAUGUCAGAUCUUGAAUAUUUUCACUCAUUACCCCGGUAAUAAACAAAACUUACAAUAAAUAACUGUUCACAAAUUAGUGCCAGUAUAUUCAGUUCAUAGUCACAUAAACAGUAAAAUCCUGGUUUCUCAGACCUCUUAGAAUCUGAACUAAAAUUUAGUUGAACCCAAUUUUUUGGACCUUCAAUUCUUUUUUCAAAAUAUCAUUCUAAUGGGUCUUAGACCAGUUUUCAAGCAUCAAAAUUCAUAUUUCAUAGCUGCAAGGCUGAUGGGAAUACCGUAUUUAUUCGAUUAACCGCCCUGGGCGCUUAUUAAAUUUUUGGACCUUGAUAGUGGGCGCUUAUUCGAGGUGGGCGCUUAUUCGAGGCUGGGCGCUUAUUAAAUUUUCGCCAUUCUCAGCAAGUGUAGUUUGUUUAUUUUGCUACAAAAUAAUAAAUGGUAAUAACAAAAAGCGAAGAAGUAACAAAGCAAGGUUACAGCCCAAUCUGUAAAAUACUCUGAAGAAAACUCCGUCUUCGGGAGGAUCUCUUAUUAUGUCUUAUUUGAGUUUGUGUGGGAGGGAGUGGGGUGGGGUGGGCGCUUAUUCGAGGCUGGGCGCUUAUUAACUUUUUCUGCCUUUGGGAUGGGCGCUUAUUCGAGGUGGGCGCUAAUUCGAGGUUGGGCGCUUAUUCGAAUAAAUACGGUAAAACAAAAGAAAUUCUUUCAUUUUAUACCCGUCAGCCCUGGAACUAAGUACUGUAUGAAUUUUAAAAGCUUAAAAGUGGCCUAUUCUUUUAUGCAAUCAUGAAAGGGAAUUACAUGUUUAACUGCAAAUUCUUUUGUGCCUUCAAGGUUGUGGUGAGUCGUCGUAUCGUUGGCAGCGCCGUGGAGGCUUCACUUACAGUGAUGAUGCUGGAGUAGAGUUCCGCCAUGCUCAGCCGCGUUUGUUAAAAGCACUAGUGACUGCCAAUAUCUAUGACAUGGAUGCAGAAGACAAACUUAAAGUGCUGGUUGCCCUGUGCACACAGCUGAUCACUUAUGCAACUGCCCGAGACUAUGUGGAAGAUGGCUUUGAUCAGUAAGGGACCAUUACUGCUUAAUGUUAUUUUUUGCUUGGUGUCUUUGUAAGUCAAACGUACAAAAGGGAAGGGAACAAAUGAGUCACAUAAGAAUGAAUACUAAAGACGUAGCCAAUUUUCAUUUUUAUCCCUCCUUUCUAAACGGCUACCAUUAUUUCAGUGUACCCCUGGUUAAGAAAACAAAGAGUAUAAGGUGUGAGUGAUAUAAACCUCUUUGCUGAUGAAAUGUUAUAGAUACAUGUAGCCUCUUCUAUUAAUUUGUAUUAUUAGUGGUUUUGAGUUACUGUGGGGUGGAGAAAUGUGGAUUCUACUGCAUAUUGUGUUUAAAGCCAGCAGGCGUAGUCAUUGUUUAAGUCAGAUUGUUGUGCUUAUAAUAUCAUAUACUUUUGCUGUGUUCCUAAGGUGUCGCAAAGUCCGUCGUGAAUGGCAGGAGGAUCAGUGGGCGGAUCACAGGAGAGAUAAAGAGGAGGCAGCUGCUAGGUAUCGCCGUAAACAGGAGGAGAGGCAGCGACAGAAGGAAGAGCUGGAGAAACGGAAGAAGGAAAAGGACCAGGAAAGAAUAGAUGGUGCAAAGGGAGAGUCAAGGUAACACAGCACAUGUGAUUGCUAAAUUGGUUACCACCAAAAAAACUAUGGUAAUCAGUUCAAUUUAUUCAGUGUAAUUUUUUGACAGGCUCGUUGCAACUUUUGGGCGAGUAUUAAUGCUGAAUAAAACUGUGUACUUUGAGUGAAUACAUGAACACAUCCGUAACUACGUGGAGGAUAUAAAUGCAUGGACACCACAACAUAUCUGAGUUUUGCAAAGACAAUGUGACGACAGCGACGCAAAAGCCCACAGAUCUAAGAACCGACUUGACCAGUGACAGACAAGUCUUUACCAUGCGCUUUCGCAUUCUUGCUGAUUUGUUAUUUUGUUGUCCAAGUUAAAUCUGCCUAAUAUUUCUUAUCUACGUUUUUAAUUUUAAAAUACCUUUUGUACUCGCGUGCUUGGCCCUAAUGUGACUUAAAGUCAAGUAGAGAAGAGCUAGUGUCUAAUUGUUCCUGAUUCUUAACUUAAUGUGUUGUCUCUAGUUCCAAAACUGAGGAGUCGCCUAAAGUUCAGUCAGAACAGAAUGAAGGAGACCAGGAAAAAAAAGGAGGCAAGAAAACGGCCAAAAAGAAGGAAGCCAACGAAAAUACCGCGCAGUCCUGUGAAGCUAAGGAAACCACAGACCCAGAAAACAAGACUACAGAGGAUAAAACAGUUGUAAACCAGGCUCCUGCUCUAACCAAAGAAGAGGAAGAAGAACUGGCACAGCAGAGAAAAGAAGACAGAAAGCGGAAAGAUCAGGAGUUUUUGAAUCAGUUAGCUAAAGCAGUGUCCAGGAGCGCCAUUCAGCCACUAGGGAGGGACAGGGUAUUCAGGCGUUACUGGGCAUUUAAAACAAUGCGAGGACUGUUUGUCGAGGAUGACGAUCCAGAUCAACACCUGCUGCUGGAACCUGAAUCAGACUCGGAAUCAGCGGUAAGGUGGUUUAGUGGAGAAAACUGCACCCAGUUGUCCGAAGACCGAUUAGAGUUAACCCAAAGUUAAAUUUUAAUUCGGGUUUUUUGUUCUUUUGUUCAAAAGCAUUUUCUUGAGUAAUUAUCAUUAUUCUUUUUGGAGCAUCCGGUUAUCAAAUCAUCGGCAAAAAUUGCUCUUUAAGCGCUCAUAUCUAAAUUCAAAUUUCGCUCUAACCCUGAAUUAUCUUAAUUUAGCUUUGAACAACCCAGCCCUGGUGAUAUCUGGAUAGAAAAAGCUUUGUUUGGUUGCCGGUAUUUUGCGCACUUAUAAGGAAACAUCAUCCAUGCACGCAUUGUAAAUAUCCGGUUGAGAUCUGUCCAGGAUCGAAUGCUAAUGAGAUGCAAAUACCUUAUGAUAGCCAUGAAAUUACAUACUUAAUUAUCCUCUCCCCUUAUGGGACUUUUCAGGGAUAAUGAAACAAGUAAUUAAAAUGGAACAUAACAAGGUUAAGAAUCCCAAAAUGGCGGGAGGCAAACCAGUCGACUUUUUAACUACAUGUAGCAUGGCUGCGGAUUUGAACUCGGGACUACCGUAAACAAAUCCAGCUACCGAUCAGCACGGGACUUGAAUCUGGGGCCUCCGGAUUUCAAGUUCAGUGCUCUAACCACGUUGCCAAGCUGCCUCCAAAGGGCGCUCAUGAACAAAAGUUCAGCAAAAUACUUAUCAUUUGGCCAAAUAUAAAGUGUAAUGUGGAAGUGACAAAAAAAAACAAAACAAAACAAAACAACAAAAAAGAAAACACCAGCCCAAACCACCUUAGGCUUUUCGGCUUCCUUUGGUCUUGAAUAAACAUCUACAUGAGGUGAUCAUUAUCUCGACAGGCUACUGACGAGGGCAGUGCUGAUGAACAACAGGGAGAGGGAGAAAAACGUCGAGAAAACGGAGAGACAACUGCGGAUAAACCUUUGGUUAAUGGUCACUCUGAUGCUAAAAAGACUGUAAAGAACCAUGAGAACUUUCAGCGAAAAGUUUUGAACAUGUUCAAAGCGUACCAGAUGAAUGCUUCCGACGGCCAAGACCGGUGUGAAGUAUAUAAAACAAGACCAAUAGUUAGGUGGUCAUUUUUCAGUUCCAAGGAGGACAUAGAUAAUCUGUUGGAAGCCCUUAAUCCCAGGGGUUUCCGAGAGAGACCUUUGAGGGAGGCGAUCCAACAAGAGUACAAGCAACUAACGUUCGCUGUGGAAAAGUGUCCACUGAAAGAGGAGAAUCAGGCUCAGAAGAAGGAUACUAAGCCUAAAGGAAGGCGAGGAGGCAGGAAUCAACCAACGGUGGACAAGUCACGGUACAAAACCAUGGAAGAGUUUCUCGAGGCUAACCUGCGUGACCAGAUUCUCGACCUGGAGGACAGGAUUUGGCAGGGAAACCUGGGUUUCAUCAGAGUCGUCGAACGUGAUGCUUGGAGAAUGAAAGUUGAGAAUGGGAUCUAUGGGUAUUUUAUUGAAGCAAAAAGUGGUGAAGAUGUGAAAACUAAUGGUGUUAGUGAGGUUAAGGAGAAUGGUGACGCCUCAGAGCCAAUGGAGGUUGACAUAAAGGAGAGCAAACAGAACAUGGAGACCGCGAGUGAAAUGGCGGAAAAGAAGGAGGCCGCCGAGGAGAAGCCAAUGGAAUGUGAUGCAGAUGUAAAGCCAGUUGUGAAUGGUGUGAAAAAUGAAACUGAAAAUACAGGUACGUAUGAGAGAGAGGUGGGUAGGGUGGUCGUUUUUCUCGUUUUAAUGAUAUCUCCCGGCCAAAUGGGCAGUCAGCGUUGUACAAGAAAAACUGUAAAUGGGAUUGUCAAAGUGAGUUGUGAUUACUCCAUAUCACAGUUUUUCAAGUGAAUGCUUCAUUAAGGCUAUUUAAAAAACGUUUAAAAGCCUCAAAACCGAUGUCUUUUAAGGAACAUAUUGGUUCGCCCAAUUUUAUCGCUAUUUAUCACUCAGGGUAUUCCCUGCCCAUCAUCCUUACAAUUCUGUAAACUUGUUGCCAGAGAUGAUUUAUUAUUGACUAGCAGUAUCCAACUGAAAGGAUUCUCUUUCAAGAAAAAACAAAGUUGGACUAAUAGGACUAAUUCUUUCAGUUAGACCAUCAAAAUAUACCCAAAAGACAGUUUAAAGCGGCCAUGCAGUGUCACUUCUUCACAUCUAAGAAAAUUCAUCGGAGUGGUCACGAUGCGUAACAGACGUAGUAGACUCUCCUUUGCCUUUAAAGCCCAGUUCAAACGUCGAUCUUUUCAUGUACCGAACCUGAUCCCUUCAAUUAAGUACGUGGAAGGGUCGACGUUUGAACAGGGCCUAAGACUGUCGAUUGUCAGUUGCUCAUGCACUAUUUAAAGAAAAUGAUGAUUCAACUUUUUGUGUGAUCUAAAUUCAGAGGAACUGAACAAAUCAGCAGCAGAGAAAGCCGAUCAACCAGCAGAGCGUUCGUUUUCAGCACUUCCUCUCCAUCUGCAGCCAGAUGGCAGUCGAUCCUCCUCACCAGCGGGAGACAGUACACGAUGCAGCACACCCACGAUCAGCUUGGUUGUAGGCUCUGUACCUAUCAACCCAGCAGUUAAAGAGCUCGCUUUGGAGCUGCUAAAGGUAUUCAAAAUUUCACCGAUGGUCGUUUAUCUUGUUUUUUUUUAAUAUACGCAUGUAAACAGCCGAUUUCCAGUACGUCAAAUGGCUGACGUAAUUUUAAUUAACUUUCGACCUUCCUCGCCAUAGAGCCACCAGUCCUUAAGUGGUUAGAGCAUCCUAUCUAGAACUCGGAGGGUCUUAACUCUCCCACUCGUGUCAGCCUUGCAUGAGGACGAAAUCCUACCUUCUGACUAUGUGAAUAAAACUUCUGUUUGCUCGCAGCUUUUGAUAUUUGACCUUUAAUGUAUUGAGAUUUUGAAGUUUAAAACUCGCUGUUUUCCCACUUGCGAAGGAAAAAAAAGCGAGAUAUUCGAAAGCUGACGUUAGCAUUUCGAAGAUCUGAAUGUUGGAUAGUAGGUCCCGGAUAAAAAUACUUUUAGUGUCAGUUUUCUUUUUAGCAGAAUGUUUUUUUGAAGACUGGUUUUAUCAUAUUCGAUUUAACAGGUGGAACAAGGCAUUGAGCGAAAAUAUCUGAACCCACCUCUUGGCGAAGAUGAGGAGACAAAACGACAGAAGCAGAAAGAGGCAGCCGCCGCUGCUGUCAAUGAGUUCAACGAGAUGAUGAAAGCCUCAGAAAAGCCGAAGAAAGAGAAGAAAAAGAAAGAAGUUGACACAGCUGAUGUUAACGAUGAUGGAGCAAACGCCAAGCAAAGUGACGAGACGAAGGAAGAGGAUAAAACCGAUGAUAGUAGCAGCUCCUCAGAUGAUGAACCCGUCAAACAAAAGACAUGUCUUGAGAGAUGGGAGGAGAGUCUGUUAGCCUGCACCAACCUCUCUCAGGUCUUUGUGCAUCUCAACACACUGGACCAGUCCGUGGCUUGGAGUAAAUCAGUGCUGAAUGCUCGCUGUAGGCUGUGCAAGAGGAAGGGAGAUGCUGAGCAUAUGCUGUUGUGUGAUGCCUGUGAUAGAGGUCACCAUAUGUACUGCCUUAAGCCGCCCAUUAAGGAGGUGAGGAACGCACGUAUUCUUUCAUAGUCUUAGCCUGCAGUGCAGGAUUAUUUUGGGUGGGCGAAAGCUUGUUUAUGUUCGUAUUGUUGUAGCCGCCGUGUUUGAUUGUAUGACAGGAAGAUUGGGGUGAGUAAAAAUAGCAGCCCUUAGGGUAGGUGCUAUGGCGAAAGAAGGGAGGGGGGAAAGGGAGAGCGGAGGAAAAAAAUACUCUUUCUCUUCUCGCUCCCCGCUUCCCUGAUUCGCUCCAUUCCCAUCCUCUCUUUUGAGAGAGAUCGCAAAGCCAUCAGUACAUUCAAAGUUUAUUAGGUAAUAAAUUAGAACGUUUCAUUGAAAAAAAGCAUUCUGGGACAAUUAUAUUGGGUCUUUGGAGCAACUCGUCCGGUUUCCCCCUGCACCCAGUAACACAUCCAUCCACAUAAACCCUUGCUCAGUGUGCUGGCAAAGUUUUUCCUUACGGUCAGACGACUUCUCUGAGGGAAAGAAAUACUUAUUUGAGGGUUUUGUUGUGUUAACAGAUCCCUGAGGGUGAGUGGUUUUGUUCCGACUGCCGUCCAAAGGAGACGAGGCGCAGUGAAAGACGAAAAAGGCCUGUGGCUGAUGAUGAAGAACAGGAGGAGGUAUAUGGAAAGCGAUCAGGCGAUAAAGAGGAAGACAGUGAAGACGACAGCGACCAGGAUGAAGAAGGAGAAAGUGAAUCUGAAAGCGAAGACGACGAGGAACAGAGUAAGAAGCUUAUUUUGACUCUUUUCAUUUAUGCGCGUUUACGUUCCUUGGCAACCCACAUAAACCAGAAAAGAUACUUGGCGUCAAGAUUCGUUUCAAAAUGAGAAGAGUGCAAUCCUAAAUCUCGAGAUCCUUUUCUUUAAUAGCCUGAAAACAAGGCCGAGACUUCCAAUUUGCAGCCUGAUUUAACUAAAAACGAAAAACCUCAUUCGCCUUUGGAGGUUCACACUCGCAUAGUUAAGGACCCUGCUUUCUCAAUCCCUCAUCCGUUUUAAAAUUACGGGCCGCCAUAGCCCCCUGGUUUCUGACUUCAUACCGUUCUUGCGUUGUUGUUGUACUGUGGUAGUUAUUAUUGCGUCUGAGAGGGAAGGAUCACGCACGUGAUUGAGUGAUACACGAGAUAGGUACCAGUUUUCGGCUAUUAAGAGGAAUUCCCUGAAGCCAAAGUGGCGUCGAAAAGAGACAAAAUUUCGUCGCGAGAAACCAUUCGAUCUUCGCUCUUCGUGCGCAAAAAUGAUUUUAGGUCCACUUACCUUUUUGCGUUGCCUGCGAAUACAGCCGUUUGUUUCUUUUGCUCCGGGCCGCUUGGGACGUUUCGCCAGAGAAACGCCCCAAGCGGCGAAGAGCAAGGAGAGACGACUGUAUUCGCAAGCUACUUUUUGUGCUUACUCUCUUUCUCUAUACCAGGUGAUGCAAGCGAGAGUUCCGAACAUGCUGACCAAUGCGCGGUAUGUUCCGAGGGAGGUGAGCUGCUUUGCUGUGACACCUGUCCAUUGGCUUAUCAUAUCCACUGUGUCUACCCACCACUGAGGCGAAUACCGCGCGGGAACUGGGCCUGUCAAGUCUGCACUGGGGCGGAUGACGAGAGGCCGCGAAGCUGUCGUGUUAAAAAAGCUACGAUAGAAGGUGAGAGAAGUCUUGCAUCCGAUAGUAGGGAGCUUAAGCAACGACGUUUUUGAGCGACGCACGUCAACCGGAAGUUGCCCUUUUUCAUUUUUGGGCGAUGGUUUUGCCCAAAUUUUCAGUCAAAUCGUCUCUAUAAGAGUAAAGAAACUAAGCAAUACAAAUUACAUAGCGUCAAGGCAUAUUACAAGGGAAAAGUCCUCACUUCCGGUUGACGUCCGUCGCUCAAAAACGUCUUUGCUUAAGCUCCCUAAUAAUAAAGAGUUGACGCCACUCUCUCGUAGCUUAUCUCCCCGACCUUAUAACCAUCGGACCUCGAGGUAAAUUAUUUCUUCCCACGGGUACGUUUUGACCAACAUGUUUGCUUCGUUCUUAUAUUAGAGGCGACCAUGACUUCCCAGAUAUUAUAAUAAUUAUAAUAAUUCAUAAUAAUAAUAAUAUUUUGUUCAUUUUUAUUGCGCAAAUUCAACGCAUAGUUUUCAAAUGCGCUUUACAUUCAAUUUCUAAAAAGAAAACUAUUUCAAAGCAUAAAAUUAUUAAAAAAAGAAGUGACAGUCAAUGAUAUUUACACAUAUUAAAUGAUAUCUGCGUUAUCGUUCUACCCAGUACCCUAGCCGUUUCUCCGGGAUAAGAGGGCCUGGGAUGGUCUACCCCUAUUGACGGGUACGGUUACUUAUAAUUUACCUGUACCUGUUCACUUGCAAGUGAGCUAUAGUCUUCUGGUCAUUCUCUCGAAGUUUACUUCGUUUUUGUUAUCGUAAUGUCUGGCGUUUAACAAGUACGUCCGACGUGAGGUUUUAGAGAGUUUUAGAUCCGAGUUUACCGCGAACCUCUAACCGCUGGAGGUCACGUGACAAGUCUUUCGCGUCACGUUUGAGGUUUACGACGUGCGUUUUCAACGUGUGGAGAUAGGUUUUCACGUAUGUUAUUUACCUGAAAGCUUUUAGCGUAUAAUUCUUGUUCUAUCCCACGUAAUGAUACAAAAAUCUUGUGGAGCAAGUCUUUAUCCGUUAACAGAGGCACAAAAUUCGGGCGAAAUGCUAAAUUUGAUAAAUCCUAUUGGAUCUUGAAAACAAGUGCCAUUCAUGGCUGCUGAUUUAAAAUGGCGGCCGUAAAAUUGCAAGAAGAACUAAUGUAAGAAUUUACAGCUCUCUGCUGCUAAAUAACCCAGUGUUGCCGUAAAUUUCUUUUAUUUUCACUGAUUGAUUAUUCUUCUAUUUCUAAAUGGAAAAAUAAACCAGAAUCCACUUCUUUAAUCCACCGCCAAUCUAAAUCAAAUUAUGUUUGAACGUCGAACCGCAAACUGGUAACCGCAAACCGCGGUUAGAGGUUCGUUGUAAACUCGGAUCUAAAACUCUCUUUUAUGCAACUGGCUCCAGCACGUCCGUAAGGGAAUGGUAUAGUGGUAGCUGAUUUUUGUUAGUAGAGUCGAGUAUUAAGUGUCCAGAUAAAGUUAAAGACCAAGAGAAGGUCGAGGUAUCAUGGAUGUGUUUUUUUCCUUUUUCCAGCUGCCCAGAAGAGACUUCAGCGAAGUAUUAAAGUUGUCAAGAAGAAACAGUCUCGUAGCACUUCGCGUCCAAGUAGCAGACAAACAAAGAAAAACACUAGCCGGUCCAAAAAACGAGAAGUGUCUUCAUCUCCGUCGCCGCCACCGCGCUCGCGAAAGGCCAGCGCCAAAACCGACAAAAAGCCGACGAAACGCCGACGAUUGUCUUCGUCAUCUCGAUCGUUUUCGUCUCGUUCUCCUUCCCCUGAAAACAAGUCAACUCGCAAGGGGAGUAUAAAGAUCGCAGCACGAGGGCGUGGUCGGCGUUCUAUCGAUUCUUCUCGCUCAUCGUCCCCAGUGCAGCGAAGUCAAAGUAACAAGACCUCUGGCAGGAGGGAUCCAAAGCUGAACGCCAAGUUCGCUUUGUGUCAGAAACUUUUGGACGAGAUUAUGAUUCACGAAGAUGGCUGGCCCUUUUUGGAACCCGUGGAUCUUGCUGAGGUAAUAACGAGCUAAAAGUCCACCUCUGUGACACCCUCUCUUGCCAUUCUUUCCUGGUCUUUUUAUUACGCUAUCAAGGUAGUUUGUACCUUUGAGCCUGUAUUGUAAAUUAAUGUUACAUUGUGAAUCAGAGCUAAUGUCCAGUUGUUUUCUUUGUGAUGUCACUGCAGUUGUCUGUCAUUGUUCUUGUUUGGUUGGCUGCAUAGUUUUUUUUUAGUUCGCACAACCUCUUUCGUUCUCUUUUAGUGUGUAUGCUGUAAAAACACACACAGUAAACACCCACAUUAAAAACAGCAAAUUAAAGAACUUCCAGACUGAAAUUUGGUUUGAUAAGUACCAUAUCACUUCCCACGAGUCUCGCUGGUAGAGCAUCUGGUUUCUAUCAUUCCUACAGCGUCACAUAUGGACAUAUGGACGUUCCAAUCCAAGCAGUAUGCAGGAUGUUUCUUCACAUGAACCUAGUUUAGCUUCCAUGAAUCCCCUGUAGCUCAGUGAUAGAGCAUCUGCACUAGUAACCAGAAGGUCAUACGUUCGACUUUUGUGGGGAGAACUCAGUUUAUCCUUUCGAGUUGUCUGUGUCAUUAACUUAAAAAAUCAUCUUUCUCAAGUGUCACUGAUAUAUAAAAGAACCACUAUGCUCAAUUCUUUGCUUCUGUUUCAACAUGUUGCCAAUAACCACGGUUUCUUUUUUGCGGGUGUUUACUGUAUUUAAGGGUCUGUUUACAUGGUGGCGGGGGACCCCAGGUGGCUGAGGUAACCCGCUUAGGUCGGCUAAUCCCUCAUAUGGUCUGCCCACUUAUCAUGUAAACGUGAUCAAAUUAAAAUGAGAGAUUAUAAUUAUGGACAGGUGGGUUACCCCACCUAAGCGGUUUACCUUACCUACAGGACCGAAGGUGAUCAAUAUGUCGACUCCCAUACCACCGUCAUCUUCUAUCUUUUCCAGAACCCUGAGUACCUUCAUUUCGUACAAAGACCCAUUGAUUUGGGAACCAUCAAGAAAAACCUUGCUGACAAGGCGUAUGAAUCAGUGGAAGAUUUCGCCGCAGAUGUGCGGCAAGUGUUUAUCAACUGUUCUGAAUACUGUCGGCCACGAGGCAAAGAGGCGCGAGCUGGGGUGCGGCUGUCUGCCUUCUUUGAGACGCGAUAUUCCGACUUGGGUCUUGACGCUACCGAGGGGCGCUCAACCCGGAGCCGGCGGACAUGA